GAUUUCAUUAUUGAAAGUAUAUGAUUGAAUAGCUUAGAUAACAUAGUACCUGUGCUCGCCACCCACGUUACCCUGAGGCCAAGCCGAAUCAGAUAAAUAUGUACAGGUACUUAAGUUAUACAUAGCGUGUGUAUAAGCUAAUGUUUGUUGUAUCAUUCCUGUACGUAUUUCACAUAACGUAUACAUUAUAUAUGAUGGGUGUGGAGAAAUCCAUGGUACCCUCACUUUUGGAAACACGUCUUCUGACAGGGCAUCGCAAAGGAGGUAUUUUAUGAGCGUUUCAGGCUGACAGUCUCGUGUAUUUCAAGUCCUCUAUAUUAUAAAUUUAUAAAAAGUCUUCAAAUGAGUUAAUUCUUAGGAGAUACCUUUUACUAUUUUCCCUACUGUGUAAAUAAGUAAUAGUAUUCUGGUAGUCUGUCACGAAGGUUUUUUUCAUGUUGUGAUACUUUUUUUUCAGAAUUGUAUCUGGAAUGUGGUACACCAAUGUAGAGCUGCUCUAACAUCCAAGUAUCAUGAUAUCGAGUGAUACGGAAAUCGUACCAGACUGUUUAAACAGUUUCUAUUUUAAGAAAAAGAAAUCUGAAAAGCAUGCCCAGUGUGUAUGAUGAAAAGAUGUAAUUUCAAAAACAGUGUGUACACUAUGCAAUGUUCAAGUGUAUAUUGAAAUUCUUACUAAUCUAUUUUUUCUUAAGCUCUCCAAAUGAAUUAUGAAAUGUGCGUCUUUCCUAUAUUAUGAAUCUACAACAACACUUCCUGCAAAACUUUCUAUUGGUUUAUCAAUACUGGAUGUUAGGCCUGGUGAUAACAUCAUAUUCUCCACAGUACCUGUUCGAUCAUAGAACAAACGAUCUAUAUCUUCUUGUACACAAAGAGGUUAAGGGGAGUUUAGUCGAUGCUUGUUUAUGAGGUGAUACUUGAAAGAAUCAAUGAAAGUUUGGACACCUGCCAUCUGUCGCCCCUCUCCCUUCACCGAAGAUCACACUUCAGCUGUCGAGCAAUUAUGGGGAGAUCGGGACUCGAAGGAAAGAGCGGAUGGCACAAGAGAGAUUGGCCUAAGACGUCGUUAACAAAUUGCCUUCAACAUUUUCGACGCCCAAGUGCCACAGUUAUAUUUAAAUGGCUCGUAAAUGUCCACCUUGCGAAAGUGUAAAGGAGUCCUACCGAGAGGUAUCAAGCGACCCGAACGUCAUUGUGUUUCACAUUAGUAGAUCUGUGCUGAUAGGAAAGAAGAGCAACGAGAAAUUAAACCUUUUAAAGAAACUUGCCAAAAGAGCAACUGCUCUCCGAAAUGAUUCAGGCGGGGUUCUGCUGGUGCAUGUUGAAGGUCAAAUGACCUGGGACAGAGACCUCGAGAUAUUUGAUGAAGCUAUUGGGAAAAGGUUUGGGGAACUCAUUGAGGAUGGUUCCUUAUUCACAGACUGCUUUUCGCGUCUCUGGCUGUCCGACAUCGAAGGUUUUGAAACGGAAACUGACUUUCUUUUAUAUACGAUCGCCAAAUCAAAGUGUGUAUCAACAUUGAAUUUCAAUACUAAAAUACGUAAUGACUUCGAAAAUGAAAGACCAUCCUUUCUCAAUAUUGUUUCUAUUUUAUUAAGAAGUGAUGCUGAUAAGUACUCCCGUGGACACUGUAUACAGAGAAAACAUUUGACUCCGGUAAAACAUAAGGUCACCAAUUCCAUUCCUUUGUUUGAAAACCGAGCAAUUGAGCUCAAAUCAUUCAUGCAACAUCAGCUCACGAAAAAAAAUGUAUCUGUUACCGAAAUAACAAAUUAUAUCUGGAAUGACCUUAAGCUGAAGGACAAUAUCAGUUCAAUGUCCAAACUGCCUGAGGGGGGCUCGUUCUAUAUUGGAGUGACAGAGUCACAUCACACCGCGGACAAAUACAAGACGAAGAUACGGAAGGCAACAGGCUUUAAUCCUUUGGUUGACAUUGACCAACUGACUGGCAGCCUCCAGGAGAAAACACACACCGACAUAGUAGUUCUCAGUGCGAGAGACAAGACAUUUCAGGAACCUCCGCCUGAUCUGAUAGACGUGUUAGUUCAUCGUGUGGAUGAAAAGGAACCGUUGUAUGUGCUUCAAGUAGUCAUCAGCCAUUUUGAUGGUAUUGUAUUCCAUGACAAAGAAGGGCCCGAAGCAUACACUAUUACUGAUGACCGGAUCAGCAUCAUGCCAAGAGAUCAAUGGUUAAGCCGACUGAUGAAUUGUGAACUGUGGAAGGCAUGUGAACGUUUCAAUAUAUAAAUGUUUAUUUCUGUUUGGUUGCUCAAUAGGUACUGUGUUGUAGUCAGGAAGCCGAAGACGUGUCGUCCCUGUCAAUAACGUAGAUUCGAUUGAUGUAACUCCUACAUUAAAAGCAGAAUAUGUAUAUAUUUACUUUAUUUUGUUUUACAAACAAAAUAAUACCGCUUUGUGAAGUUGGACUAUUAAAUCACUAUAGUCCUCGCCACCUGAAAGAAAACCACGAAAUAUCGCGAUAAUAAAUUAAGAAUAUUUGUUUGUUUGUUUAACGCCACUCUCAGCAAUAUUCCAGCUAUUUGACGGCUGUCGGUAAAUAAUCGAGUCUCGACCAGACAAUCCAGUGAUUGAGAUCAUGAGUAUCGAUCCACACAACUGGGGUACGAUGACAUGAUGAUACGAUGAUCAUCAAAGUCCCGAUCCCGUUACAAGCAUGGUUUACUGAAGACCAAUUCUAACCCGGAUCAUCACGGGUGUAUUAAUUUCUAGGUCAAUAGUGCUUUAAAUACACCAUGUGCACGGGUUUUCUUUAUAUCGGUUCAUGCUGGUAAUGCACGUACAGCGCAGUUUACUAAGUUAGAGAUGCACACACUGCUAUAUAUAACUUCUCGCAGUCACGAUAAACAUAAAGGAUCACUGGACAUGCUAGAUGUUUAUAAUGUAAUGUGUUACAGGUCAAAAUAAAUUGUCUAUCCCCU